GUUUGAACUUUUGAAGUGGUCAACCUGGGUGAGGCUCCUGGACUCUUGUGUGGCAGUAUGGCUGUGAUUCCUCGAGUGGGCAGCUUGAAUGUUUGAACACAAUUUAUUGUACUGUUAUACCGAAUACUCUAUUACCAGUGAAUUGCCGUAUAAAAAUGAACUCUCGAACUGUAGGGGGGUCUAUAGGACAUAUCCACGAGGACAUUAGCGGUCCCAUUCUACAGCUUUAUCUCGCCUACAGAUGGAAAAUGCUUCCUAACUGUACUGGUCGAUAUACAUGUUUGGAUCACAAGUCAGUUAGUGUUCUGACACCGACAGAACUCGUUAAGGACAUGGAUAGGUGUGUUCCUAUGACAACGACGAGAGCCUUGUUUAUGAGAUAGGGUGUCUCAGUACUUGCACGCCUAGGAAUUGGUAGGCAUGUGUCUACGAUAGGCAUAUUGUGGUUUGAGAUAUGGAGACUAUAUGUGCUCGUAUAUCUAGGAAUUAAUAUCUGGGACGAUGAAUGUGAUGACAUACUAUCGCGUGAUGCACAAUUUAGUUAUCGACCAGUACUAUUCUCCCAGUAGCGUGAUAUAUUAUCUACUUAUUCACAAGCCUUUUUAAAUUGGCAGGUGUGAAAGAACGCAUCAACACUUAAUCUACGCAUAUUUAUUGAAUGCACUCAUCUUUGCAGAGCACUCCCAUCACAUUCCAUGUGAUCGAGUGCAUAGCUCAGCGCUGGAUGGAUUGCAGUAUUGAAAUACAAUCAGAUUUGAUAAGUCAUAGCCUUCUGCUUGUUUAAAGGGCUAUGUAUAAGUUUUUACGCAGACGUACGUUGCUGAGUCGCCAAUCAGAUGCAUUUUGUAGAAUAUGCUG